CAGUAAUCAGUUGUGACUGUCGAGCGAAGGGAAAAUGUCGGCACGUUGGGGGCUGCUGUGCCACUAGUGACUGUCGCCUCCAUUUCCCGUUAAUUUCCUAUUAUUAGUCAUUAUUUUGAACUCUUUAGUUACUUCGUGAAACCUUCCUUAUUCAGAAAAUUUUCUGUACGAACAUUUAUCAACCAACUGGACGCGGGACGGUAUUAUUUCUGUGGCGUUUUGUGCGUCUUCGUCGCGUCGUCGUCGUUGUGUGGUAACUAAAAAGAGUCCAACAUGUCGCUCGCCAACACAAAGAUUGAAUUUAUCGUGGGUGCAAAAUAUCGGCUGAUGAGGAAAAUUGGAUCCGGAUCAUUCGGUGAUAUUUAUCUCGGGAUCAACAUCUCAAAUGGCGAAGAAGUUGCAGUGAAACUGGAAAAUAUGCGAGCGCGCCACCCGCAGCUCCUCUACGAAUCCAAAUUAUACAAAAUCUUACACGGAGGAAUCGGAAUACCUCACAUACGAUGGUAUGGCCAGGAACGUGAAUAUAAUGUGCUUGUUAUGGAUUUGUUGGGACCUUCCUUAGAAGAUCUCUUUACAUUCUGUUCGCGAAGGUUUACGAUAAAAACAGUAUUGAUGCUGGCUGACCAAAUGAUUGGACGAAUUGAAUUCGUCCACUGCAAACAUUUUAUUCAUAGAGAUAUAAAGCCAGACAACUUUUUAAUGGGAAUCGGGCGCCACUGCAAUAAGCUCUUCAUGAUAGAUUUUGGACUAGCAAAAAAAUACAGAGACAGUCGCACCAGGUCACAUAUAAUAUACAGAGAGGAUAAGAAUUUGACGGGAACAGCAAGAUAUGCUUCAAUUAACGCCCACCUUGGCAUUGAGCAAAGUCGCCGUGAUGAUAUGGAAUCGUUGGGUUAUGUUCUCAUGUACUUUAAUCGAGGAUCUUUGCCUUGGCAGGGACUCAAGGCUGCUACCAAAAAGCAGAAAUAUGAAAAGAUCAGUGAAAAGAAGAUGUCCACUCCAGUUGAGGUUUUAUGUAAGGGCUUCCCAGCAGAGUUUGCGAUGUACCUGAACUACACACGAGGGUUGCGAUUUGAAGAGAGUCCUGACUACAUGUACCUGCGACAAUUGUUCCGCAUAUUGUUCCGGACCUUAAAUCAUCAGUAUGAUUAUACUUUUGACUGGACAAUGCUAAAGCAGAAGGGGGCCAACCUGAACUCUGUCAGUGGUCCAUCUACGGGAGGUCCAGGCAUACCGAGCCAAGGACCACAAGGUCAGGGCCAAGGUCAGACAACUACUCAAGCCAAUGCCCAGACAGGAACGCGUUAAAGCUCCGAAUGCCCCCUGAUAGCCCUGAAUCAGUUGCGAUUGCUAAAAGUGCCCCGAAUGCGAGACUUAACAUAAAACUGACAUUGAAUACAAUGAGCUGAAUUACAUGUAAAGUAUUUGGAUACUAAAAAGACGACAUUUUAUUGAAUGAACAAAACAACGUUGUUCAUAAAGUGAAAAAUUUAGGGAAAAUUUUUAAGUAAAAUAUAGAAAAAAUUUAAAAAAAAAAGUGAAUUAGCAUUGGACCAUUUUCAAUGAAUGCUUAUCAGAAAAUUCAGAGCUGAAGCAAACUCAAUUUCCUAUCUUUCUAGUAUUUAAAGCUUUCCUCAUAAUUCAGUUCGACGAUUGAUUACCCGGAUGAGAGAUUAGGCGUGAGGUUGGCUUGUUUUCGUACCAUUGCAGUGAUUUCCAUUAUUCAUACUUUUGUGGUAAAUUACAAAAUUAAAUAUUCAAAAGAUUCCUUACGCAUUUUCAUUCAAUACACACUGUUGAUUUUGCAAGUUCAAAAUCUUUCAUUGCUGCAAAGGCUGUGCAAAAAAGUUUAGUAUAUAUAUAUAUAUGUAUAAAAUGUAAAAUGAAGGAACAGCAUUAUUAUAUUAAGAUUGUUCCUUAUUACCGUACAGGGAAAUGUUUUAACUUUUAUUUUUCUCCAUCUCAGUCACCUUGUUAUUUUAAGCCAGCAUAUUGUUUAAACCACAGCUUUAUUCUUUAGAUGAACACAAAAAAUCUCAACUUUGAUGUUGUCUGUGUCUUCUUGUAAAUGUUAGAAUAUGAAGUGUUAAUUUGGUUAAUGAGUGAAGGGUGAGGAGUCUUUAAACAGCAUUGUAUUCGAAAUACCAUCAAUGCUAUAAUAAAGGAAAAGGUUUGCAGGCUGACCUCGUACUUACUCUCACUAUUGCAACCGUUUCUUGUGUUUCUCGCGUGUGUCGAGAACAAAUAAACAAGUGGCCAGAAAGCCAUUGUUCUGACUGCGCCAGGAUAGAAAUUGAGAGUCUGAAUGCAAUAGGCCCAACAAUUCACAGAACAAUUUUAAAAUUAAGAAACAAAAAAAUGAAAACCAUGCUCAAUAAAGCACGUGUUUAUUAUUAUAAUGAGUCGAAAAUUUAAAAUAAAUAAUAAUUAAUGAACAAACGAAUGAAUGAGUGAGUGGAAAAUGUGUAAAUGUAUUAUGAGUGAUAAGUUAAUUAAUAAAUUAAUAAUACAUGCACAUGAUACUAAAUGGUAUAUUAUAAAAAUACGACAGUAACUAAGAUAUGAGUUAUUUCAUAAAUAUUGAAGGUUUAUUGCUCCCUUUCUCUCCGUAAAUAAAAAAACAGAAUACUGAUGACAAUUUAA